UGGACAAUAGUUGUUAAGUUCAUAAAAUAAUGGUCCUUACAAGUAUGAAAAGACGUGAUGAGAUUACAAUUACGGAAUAUACCUUUAAGCUGCGGUUACAUUGCAUGUGAAUGUUGUCUUCCACGUCAAUCAUAAUGUCAAUUGAAAUGGACUUAUUUUCCGAACAAACCUUGAUCAUUUAUGAAAAUAUGUAUUCAUUAGUCGAUAAAUAGUAAUCGAUUACUCUCCUUAAUUGUCCCGCUUCGACUACACUCGGUUUUAGUGCUUGUGGUGUUUUAAGCGUAACAGACAAAGUGACUAAAGCUAUGGAUAAAAUUAAUUUUGAACAAAAAUUCAAACUAGGUAUAGCAAUACGAGAAGGUAAAAAAGUACGGGUACUUGAAUUGGUGAAUGAUCCAGUUAUUUUAACUGUUUUGGGAGUCUAUAACUAUGUAAUGAAAAUUCAAGUACCCAAAUGUAUCACUUUCGGCGAUAUCAUUAAAGUAUAUUGUAGAAAAAUGGCAAUAAUACCGGAAAACCAUAGAUUCUUCUACAUGGGCGAACGCCUAAAAAAUGAAGCUACCCCAUUCACAAUGAAUAUAAACGAUGGUGCUAUCAUAGAAGUCUAUUCUACCCAGAUUGGAGGCGGUAUGGAAAGUUAUUAGAAGUAUUAAUUAUAAUGCUUUUAUCAUAUCUCAAUUUAAUG